AUGCGACGUGCGCAGGCCCGCACGAGCACGUGCAGGGGGAGCCGGUCCCCGGAGUGGAACGAGCGGCUGGUCUUCUACGACCUGCUGCCGCCCAUGUGGCAGCGCGUGCGGCUGCAGGUGCGUCACGAGGACGCCGUGCUCGCAGCCGCUCACCUCGACCUGGCCACCGUCUCCAGCCCCGGACACGACGGUUUCCUGCCGACGUUCGGGCCUGCGUACCUGUACCUGUACGGCGGGGACGCGGCUUACCGCGGCCGGCUGCUCGUCUCGCUGCGCGCCGUGCCGGACGCCGAGGUCUCCACUGGCGGCACCGCCGUCGAGACCUUGCCGGCCCUCGACGAGGUGACUGCGUGUGUCAGGCGACAAGAAGAGCUGUGGCGGUUGGAGGAGCACAGUUUGUUCGCGGUGCUGCUGGGAGCAGACUGCAUCCCGCGCGCGCUGGCCGGGAAGGCUGUGGUGCUGCAGUUCGCCAUGGGCGACCAGGCCGGCGGCGGACUCGCCUCCAUAGCGACGCAGGCGCCUCUGGAGUCUGAGGUGACGGAGAGCGGCGCCAUGUCGAUCCCGCUGCGGGCGGCGCCCUCGCGCGACGGCGACGCUUACUGCAGGCUGCGGCUGGGGACGCGCAAGCCGUGCGCCGUGCUGCGCCGCCGCUGGCCGCGCUUCCACACCAGGAUGGCGCUCUCCAACGCGCUCGCCUCGCUGGCCGCCUCCCUCGAAUCUGGACUUUCGGAACUGGAAAAAGGAAAGAGCAGACCAACAGCCGGCGGUGAUGCCGACCAGAUAUCAACUUUGAUUAACGUGGGUGCAAAACUGAGAGAAGAUGCCACCAGGCUCAUGAAGACCACAGACAUCUGGGCGGCAGCCUACACACCACUAGACAUCUACAGAGCCGGCAAAUGCAAGAAGCUUGUGGACAAGUUGCGAAACAUGGCAGAGGUCUGGCAGUCCGGUGGUCCGGUUUUAGGUUUUGACGUCGCGCUCUCCACGGGAAGUCUACUGCUGGAGGAGCUCCGCGACGCUAUUGAAGACCCGCAGCCUGCCCUGCCUGACGUGGUUGUGCGGUUGGUGCUGGCGACCGGCGGCAGCGUGGGAUACGCCCGCCUCAAGGCGCGCGACCUCCUCUACACGGAAGAGCCGGGCCUCCGUGGCUCCAUGUGUGGCAAAGUCUCCACAGUCAUACUGAAGGUAGCAACAAAUGUCACGAGCGGGCAAGACGAGUGGUGCGCGGUGAGGCUGGUGCUGUGGCUGGGCGCCAGCCGCGACGCGGCCGCCUGCCUGCGGAGCCUGCCGCCGGGCUGCUCCCCACAGCAGGACGGCGCGCACCCGCUGCCCGCCACCGUCACCUGCUCCCAGCAGCAGACGCUGUUGGGACUGGCACACGUGUAUGGCGGUCGCUUCUUCCCCGGAGAUGACGAAUCCGGCCUGUGCGACCCUUUUGUCAGGGUUACCAUCGCUGGAGGACACACCUUGCAGACUGAGGUGCAGUUUGGAAAACUGGAUCCAGUGUGGGACCAGACGCUACCCUUCCAGGAUGUGGCCGUAUGCUGCUCUUCCGGAAAAUUCAUCAAGAAACAUCCACCUCUCGUUAUUGUGGAAGUGUUCGAUUUGGAUAAAAGUGUGGUGGGGCAGCGACGCGAAGAAUUGGUGGGCCGCGCGCUGACGUCAACGGCGGUGCGCCUGCAGGGCGAGCCCCACCGGCCGCCUUCGCUGCGUUGGCUGCCGCUGCACCGCGCUCAGCUGCACGCAGGAGACCUGCUCUUCUCUGCAGAGGUGCUGCAGGUGGGAACUAACGAAGACGUGGCGGUGGAGACGUGGUCGACUCGUGAAGGCGUGGUGGUACCCAUUCCAGUGGAGAUCCGUCCGCGUAUCAUCACCUACAAGCUGGAGGCGGUGUUCUGGGGCGUGCGGCGGCUGCGGCGCGUGCAGCUGCUGCCGGUGUCGCGGCCGCGCGUCGCGCUGCAGGUGGCGGGCCGCCGCCUCUGCUCUGCCGUCAUCCCGGACACCGCCGCCAACCCCAACUUCCCCACCCCGCACAUGGUCUUCACUCUGGUGCGUUCCUCAUUACCCCACAGGUACACUGCAGCCACGCUACGCACGCAGCAGAAGUGUCCUGACGCCGCCCUUGGUUGUCGCCAGGAGCUGCCGGAGCAGGAGGAGUACCUGCCUCCGCUGCAGGUGGAGGUGCACGACUGCCGCAGCUUCGGCCGCGAGGUGCUGGCCGGCGUGCACGCACUGCACAGCCUCGCCGACUUCGUCGUGCCGCCUCCGCCUUAUCUCACUGACAAGCAGCUAGCAGAGAUCCAACAGGGUCUGGAAAAAGGCCGUGAUGUAAAGGAACCACCAGCGAUUGCUGUGAAGAGAGAGAUUCGAAAGACAAUGACAGCAGUACGCCAUUCGCACAUCGAAGAUGUUCCCGCCACGCCUGUAACCUACAAAGAAGAAAAAAAGAAACUGUGGGACUUCUUUCGGUGUAGAAAAACUCCGCUGGACGAUAAGGAGAAACUUCUACAAGAAAUACAGGAGCCAAAGAAAGACGAACCUGAGCGUAGUAAGAAGGGUCGCCUCGGAAUGGGACUGGCGUGGCGCCGUAAGCACGCAGCUCCCACCAUUGCCGAAGAAGAAAUCGAAGCCCCCGACUGGUGGACCAAGUACUACGCCUCACUGCCGCAGGCAGAACGAGACAGGAAAUUGUCUCUAGCUGGCCAUGUGGAAGCCGAGGCGACAGAACCGGUGGAAAAGUUGGAGCUAUACCCGUGCGAGCUGGAGAAGCUGUCCCAGUUCAGCGCCCUUCAAGACUGGCUGCGCUGCUUUUCUCUGCACAGGGGCAAGCGCGCCGAUUCCGGCCGCAGCCCGGUCGUGGGGCACGUCAAGAUUGCUACGACCGUUUGCAUUAUCAUCAGCUAUUCUUCGUCACGACUACCAUACCUUAUCAUAAGACCACAACGUUCAGCCUGAGACGGGUCAGUGGACAGUGUCGUUGGGCGGGCAGGCUGCUGCAGCUGGAGUGCGUGCUGCCGAGGGACUGGCAGUUGUC